AUGGUUGAUUCCGAGGCGAUCAGCCUCUAUGACAUCUACCAAUUGCUGCUGAAUCGUUUGAAGGAGCAGCAUACCAGCAGAACGGAUCUUGCACAUAGAACCCUAACAUGGCUUUCGUUCAGCGCCCGCCCUCUGACGCUAUCGGAACUUCAAGGAGCUUUGUCUGUUGGCCAAGAGUCAACAUCACCCGAAGAAUGGGUAGUCGACGCAGAUCGAAUGCCUCCACCAUGGGCCAUACAAGAGGUCUGCAUGGGACUUGUGAUUGUAGACAGCGACAACAACAGUGUUCGAUUGUCCCACCAGUCUGUCGCAGAGUGGUUGGUUGACUUACGUCAAGAGCUAUUUCCAUCCGGCCAGAGCUACGUCGCACGAUGCUGCUUAGCAAUCCUGAUGAGUGCUCAGUCUGCAACCGGCAUGGCUGAAGAAGAGAGGGCACAAGAGGCACAGCUUUCCAUCAACUCCUUCUAUUUAUACGCGGCUGCAAACUGGGGCUAUCAUUUCGACGAUACUAUGCAGGAUGAUCUAAGCGCGGUCGUUCGCGAUAUGCUGAGUGAAUCGCUCCGAUUGCGAUCAAUAGCAGACAUAAUGCAUGCGUUCGAUGGGACGGAGUUGCUCUCAGACGUGGGUUCGGAAAGUAUUGACUCUAACCCAGGUCCAGAGAACUUUACACCUCUUCACAUGGCAGCUUACUUCAACAUGGCCGAAAUGAUCCAGAGCAUUCUUGCUGGGAAACUCAAAUUCCAAAAUGUCAGUAAUGUUGAAGUCAAGGACUCUUGGGGAAGGACCGCUCUUCAUGUUGCCUGCGCCAAAAAUCACAUGAGUUCAUGCGAGAAGCUCAUUGCCGCAAACGCCAAUAUCAACGCAAAGGAUUUGAAGCGUCGGACGCCACUUUAUCUGGCGUUGAUGUAUGGUUACAAAACCUUGGCUCAAUUUUUGAUGAGACGUGGCGGUAGCUUGGGAGUCGCUGAUUCAGGUCCUAUCUUGGAUGUUGUAGCCGAGCGAGGACAUGGCGAGAUUGUCGAGAUGUUGCUCGAACGUAAACUGGUCGGUGAUUCCAAAGAUGCUAUACGCCUAGCGGCAUUAGGUGGGCAUUUCGACGUGGUUGAGCUCCUGCUUGCCGGGGGAUACAGGAAGAAUCUCGACGAGGCCUUCAUCCAGGCAGCAUCACAAGGUGCCGUUGAAGCCGUAGCGUGGCUUUUUGAAAACGGAGCCAAGGUUGAUCUGAAGGGGCAUGGAACGACCGCCUUACAUUAUGCCGCCAGGCAUGAUCAGGUCGACGUCAUACACUUGUUGCUUCACGAGCUGUGCGCAAAUCCAGACACUCGGGAUGAGGCCGGAAAGACCCCUCUCUUUAUUGCAGUAGAAAGGGGAAAUAUCAAAUGCGCUCGGAUGCUCGCUGAGGCAGGCGCAUCCCUCGAACUGGUCGAUCAUGGCGGUCUCACACCCCUUCAUCGAGCCGCAGAAAAGGGCUAUCUCGGUGUCCUCAAGUUUCUGCUCGAUUAUGGAGUUCAAGACGAAAUUCAAGACAAUAAGUCUGACCAACAAGGCCUUACACCGGCCCCACCGUCGCCAAGCAGCAUUGGCGAAUCCGAGAAACCGAUUUCGCCACGUCAUCACAGCAAAGAGCCUCAUCAGAGAACUGCAUUGUCCUAUGCAGUUGAACAUGGGGGGAUCGAGGCAGUUGAACUUCUCUUAGACUAUGGGUCGAAGCCUAACUCUCCAGACAGCGCUGGAAGAACGCCUCUGAUGUACGCAGCUGUCAGUGGCCUGGUUGAGAUUGCCGAGCUUUUACUGGAGAGAGGUGCCGAUAUCAAUGCCACCGAUAAGGCUGAUCAAACAUCCUUGAUGUUGGCAGCCCAAAAGGGCCAUUGUGACAUUGUCGACUUAUUGAGCGUGACGCCUGGAGUCGAUGACAAUGGCGUAGACGAGAAUGAUUCUACCGCACUGUCACUUGCAGCGUCCAAUAGAAAUGAUGGGACGCUAAAAAGACUGUACAAGUUCCCGAAGCUAGAUUUGACGCGAGUCGAUGGCUGUGGGAAAACUGCUCUGGAGUAUGCUCAAAACCUAGGUAUCGAUGUGUCCAGUCCUGCCAAGAGCCCCAUCGAUAGCCUGUACAGUCACUGA